GUGAGCACACAAAAGAAUACUCUAAACUUGUGAUGGAUUUCUCUUAGUUGUCUCCUCGUGCUGUAAAAAUGCCCCCCAAAAUCCUUUGGGUACUGUUUGGAGGACUGGUGCUUACAAUCCCAGGUUCUUGUGUAAGUGAUGGUCUUCAGGUGGCUCGGCCACUGCCUGGUGAGGUGACUUAUUCCAGCCCAAGUGUGUGUGUGCUGCAGGGGACCUCUGUGGUCCUGACGUGCUACACACCCAGGAACCAGACAGUCUGGUCCACAUUCUGGUUCAGUCCCAAACUAAGUGGGAACUGGUGGAGUGUGGAGCAGCCUGAGGACCUUCUCUUAGAGCCAGAGUUUGCAGGCCGUGUGGCGUACAGCAGGACAGGAGACAGAAGCUCCACUCUCACCAUCACUGACCUGAGACUGAGUGAUUCAGGAGUGUAUCGCUGUCUGUUCAUAUCUGAUCAAGGGACACAUUCGGACUCAACCGGAGUCAAUGUUACAGUCACAGGCCUGCAGGUGCGGAUGAGUGCUGACAACGUGAGUGAGGGACAGAAGGUGACACUGACCUGCAGCACCACCUGCACUCUGAGCAACAACCCAACUUACAUCUGGUACAAGAGCGGCAACCACAUAUCUCACACACACACAACCAGGAGCAACAGGCUGGACCUGAUGUCAGUCAGCCGUGAGGAUGGAGGCAAUUACUCCUGUGCUGUUAAAGGACAUGAUCACCUCCCCUCUUCUGCAGUCACUCUCAGCAUCUCACACAGUGGAUCCGAGAAUCAACCUGCUGUUUAUGCAUCAGUUGGAAUCCUACUCGUACUUCUCCUAGCCGUGUCACUGACAAACCCUCCUGUGCGCAGCAGUGCCUCAACAAAAGUAGAAGAUUUGGAGGAUGAGAACAAUAUUCAGUACUCCAGCAUUCAGUUCCGUCAUCCCAACAAGCCCAACAGCAACCUCCAGCCAGCUCAGAGUGAUGACUCAGGGGUGCUGUAUGCCUCUGUGAGAGUCCCUUCAACUGAACUGGUCUGA